AUUCGCCGCAGUCGUCUCAAAGAGUCCCUUUGCGAAGGUAACGCGGCAGUGUGAGCUUUAUUGUGGAUCGACAAUUGUCGACAGUUCAUUCUCGAAGAAGUCAGGAUGGAAUCUAUCGGGAAGAUUAUUUUCCUCAUAUGGGUGGCUGCGUUCGGAACUUGUAUCCUCGGGCUUCAACGACCACCACCCAGAUACUCGCAACAGUACAUGCCGGAAACUUCCUUCACUUGUCGCAACAAGAUCGUAGGAAGUUAUUACGCCGACCCAGAGACUGACUGUCAAGUAUUCCAUGUCUGUGUGUCCAUCUCGGGCAUUAUUCAAGAUUACAAGUUCUUGUGCCCCAACGAUACUGCAUUCGACCAAGAAAGUCAAACAUGUGCGGAUUGGUAUGAUGUUGACUGCGAGGCAGCCACUUUAUAUUAUGCCAGCGAUAAUUUUGACUUGUAUAGAUUAGGAUCUGGUUUGGAAUCACUUCAUUAUGAUAGCAUACGCAGCGAUGCCGAACCCCAAGACCAUCUUCAACGGUCCGAAACGAGUGACCCUGUUCGUUCCUCGGCUAAUACUCUCAACAGAAUAUCCUCGAACAAUUUUAACGCCAACAGAGAUUUGAGAGGCAGCAGUACCGGUAAUUUUUACAAUAAUAGAAAUGGUAAGGAGGAAGAUUAUGAGAAUGAAAAAUCCUAUAAGGACGAGAUUAUUCAAGAAAAUAAGAAAAAAACGGGAAUCAGAAAGGUUAGCAGGAAGCAACAAUACAAUGACAAUAGUAAUUAUGUAUCUAGUACUCCUUCACCUGCUGCUGCUUUCAAUCAGAAUACUUAUACCGGCUUCUACAGUGGUAAUAAUAAUUACAAUCAACGGACUAACAGUGGUUUCGUAUCAUCUACUAGUGUUAGGCCUCAAGAAAAUUUCAAGAAUCAAAAUACACAGAAAUAUAAUAUCCCAUCUUCAACAUUUAGAUCGAAUACCAAUUAUCAGAAUAAUUAUAAUUUCCAAUCUCCUAGCACGACAACCAGAACGACUAUUUAUAAUACUUACAAUACUAAUUCCAAUUAUAAUCAGCAAAAUACAGGAAGUUUCAUUCAAAGUACUACAGUAAAAUCAACUAGCUAUAAUAAGAAUCAGAAUUAUAAUAAUGGCGGACAGUUUGUCCAAUCCACGACCUUGCAACCUAGCACCAAUUACCAGGCAAACGAUUAUACAAAUUAUCAAAGAAAUUACAAUAAUAUACAACGUGGAAAUAAUAAUAUAUCUUAUCAAUCUACAACUAUUACACCUACUAUUUACGAUAAUAAUAAUAAUGAUAAUAAUAAUAAUAAUAAUAAUAAUAAUAAUAAUAAUAAUAAUAAUAAUAAUAAUAAUAAUAAUAAUGGACAGUAUAGAACUGGUACAACUAUCAAACAAGAUAUCUCUCAGUCAACCACAAAAUACUUUUCUAGUUUUGCGAGCAGCAAUUAUGCUCCUACCACUUAUAGUCCAGUUACGAAAAAAUAUAUUGCUACUGAUAAUAGUCAAACUCAAACUGGACAAUAUUAUGAAAAAUCUAACCAAUCUAUUAAGAGUUCAUCUCAGUUUUACGAUAGUACAAAACCGCCAAAGAAAGCCACACAAUUUAACAAUUAUGACGGUCCCAAUGGGAAAUAUUAUAUCGAGAGCAGCACAGGAAAUUAUGAUUUAGCAAGAUCUUCGAUUGGAAUUGGAUUUAGUCCUGCUAGUAUUAAUCAUUUAGCUGAAACACCAAGAUCUACUACUCCAGUCUCAAGGAGAAUUUCUGCAGCCACUACUUAUAAUCCCAAUAAUUUCAAUUCGAACACCCAAAAAACAUCUCAAUCAUCAACUACACCAAGGACAAGUACAUAUGUCAGUGGAUCAGCCAGACCGUUUUCGUCAACAACAAGGCUUCCUACAACAGGACGACCAAAAUCUGGAAAAAAAUCUGAUUACGAUUAUGCUUACUAUGAUAAUACUGCUGCUUUAGAAUACGAUAGUCUUGAUUUGGAACACGUAACUGGAAAUAAGGAGUCAACAAAAAUAGCAAGGAAUUAAUUUUUUUUUCUAAUCCUUUGUAAACACUCUAUGCCACACAAAAAUAGAUAUGUUAAAUUUAUAAAUAAUAGUGGCCAGUUCAUUAACAAAAUCGAUUUUCGAAAAUAAUAGAAUAAAAAUACAUUGAAAACCGAUUUUGUUGUAAAGAUUGUUUUAAUUAUGUAUUAAAAUCCAAUAAUAAGGAAUAUUCCCUGAUAGAUUUAUCUUUUUUAUUAUAACGUAAAAAAAAUUAUACGAAUGGAAAGUUUGUUUA